GGUGCCAACCCGUCCACGUACUCCGUAGAUUAUUCUGUAGACGAUCUUCCUGUGGGCCUUGUCGAUCACUGCUGACUGGUGACCCUGUUCAUUCAUUUGCUGAGUUUCCCACGAGAAAAGACAAAAAGGACAGACUGCAAAUUGAAAAAUAUCACGGCCAUUGAGAUCCAGCCCCGCUUACCUACACAUCCGCUUACCAUGUCCGCACCGUCGGAAACCGCUGCUUCGGCGGAGAAUUCAACCAACCCACCUGCAACCCAGGCUGGCGGUCAGGAACCGACUCCCACCCAAACCUCCCAAGUUCAGGCCUCCACUGAACCCACGACCAACGGCAAAGAUGCUGAGCUGGACCUGCCAUCCUCCGCCGCCGACGGCCUCAUCCAAAAGCCCUUCCCCCGACCUCUCGAGACCGCGAAGCCAGAAGCCCCCGCCGAGCUCAGUGAGAAAGACAAAGCGACAUACGAUGAAGUCCUGAAGGCCGUUUCGGAGUGGACUACCGUGCCUACCACGUCCGCCCCCAAUGCCCCCGCAGAACCGAUCACCGACGAGGAGCGCAUGUGGCUGACUCGGGAGUGCCUGCUACGAUACUUGCGAGCGACCAAGUGGAAUGCCCAGGAGGCCGUGGCUCGACUCCAACGGACCCUGACGUGGCGCCGCGAGUACGGCGUGCAAGGAUUGACGCCGGAACACAUCUCGGUUGAGAACGAGACGGGAAAGCAGGUCAUUCUGGGAUACGACAUCCACGGGCGGCCAUGUCUCUAUCUUCUGCCGUCCAACCAGAACACGGAGAAGAGCGAUCGCCAAAUCCAGCAUCUCGUGUUCAUGCUGGAACGAGUUAUUGACCUUAUGCCGCCUGACCAGGAGACUCUGGCGUUACUGAUCAACUUCAGCGACACCAAAUCUGGACAAAAUGCCAGCAUCGGACAGGCUAAGCAGAGUCUGAACAUUUUGCAGAACCAUUAUCCGGAGAGACUGGGUAGGGCCUUGGUCAUUAACAUGCCAUUCAUGAUCAUGGGCUUCUUCAAGCUGAUCACCCCAUUCAUCGACCCCAACACCCGGCCAAAGCUCAAGUUCAACGAGGAUCUGCGGCAGCAUGUGCCCCAAGGACAGCUGAUGAAGUCCAUGGGAGGCGAUGUCGAGUUCCGAUACGACCAUGCCAAGUACUGGCCUGCUCUGAUUCAGUUGACCGAGCAGCGGAGAGCCGCGUAUCACGAGCGGUGGGUUCAGGGUGGCAAGCGCAUCGGCGAACAUGAGCACUAUCUCAAGACCGGAACCAGCCCCAGCCUCGCCCAGAGCCAGGGUAAUUGAUGGGCUUUUGCUACGGUCGAUUAGCCCGCGUUUGACCUGCGGGUCAUGCCAUUUAUCUUCGUCUAAUUCUAUAGAGCACAUUUUCAGCGCGCGGCACUGCUUGGUUUAGAAGACGCAUUACAUUGUGCUGUUGAUUAGAUCUAUUUCGGGUUAUUUUUAUUAUUGAUCACUUACUGUUCGUGCUUUCGGUUUUCUAUCAUUUUCAUUAUAAUAUUUGUCUCGGCAAUCUACCGGGAUUAAUGAUGUAUAGACAUUAGUUAGAGCCAUCAGGUACUAUGAUGCUGGUUGAGA